CGAAGUCAGCAAUCAUAUACGCCAAGUAUGCCAAGUACGAAACACGGCUCUUGAUUAGUGGAUUUCCCACGUGAAACACUGACUUACACCCACUCGGGGAAUUUCUACAUAUACUCAUUUCAUUUAAUUCGCCGAAUCUGGAGAAGACCACUCUGCGAACUCGGCAUAACUAUGCCCAUCAUUCACGGUGGAGAGUCCCUUUGUAUGGCGCCAUGGCGUUUGCUGCGAAUUCGCUCGCAUGGCUGAUUAUGGCAACAGCAGGGGUACAUAAAGUCGUUCGUGGAGCCAUGAUUCCUUCUCUAUUGCUGCUAUUUAUCUUUCGAUUCUCGUGUUUACUUCAUUCGCUACAAUACCUUCAUCAUGCAGCUCACAUCGCUCCAAACCAUCUUCCUCCUUCUUCCUUCUGUGCUGUGCGCAACUUACUAUGUCGCACCCACCGGCUCAGACACUGCCGCAGGAACCCUCGCCGCACCCUACAAAUCCAUCCAGGUCGCCAUUGACCAGGCCGUAGCUGGUGACAGCAUCCUGCUUCGUGGUGGUACAUACUCGCCUACCAAGAACAUCCAGAUCAAGAAGUCCGGUACUUCGUCCGCUCGCAUUACACUUGCAGCCUACCAGACGGAGGUGCCCAUCGUCGAUGGCGAGGCACUCACCGGCACACCUGCCCCUGUUGGCGGCAGCCUAGCGAGCGCUGAUCGUGGUGUUCUCCAUGUCGAAACGGCAGCUUACUGGACUUUCAAGGGCAUCCAGUUCAUCAACGGACCCUAUGGUGUAUAUGCAGUCGACUCAAACAACAACAUCUUCCAACAGCUCACUACCCGCCAAAACUACGAGACUGGUUUCCAACUUCAAGGCAACAGCGCAAACAACCAGAUCCUCUACCUCGACUCCUACGAGAACCGCGACCCACGCAAGAACGGCGAGUCCGCCGACGGCAUCGGUAUCAAGGAAGGCACUGGCGAGGGCAACCUCAUUAAGGGCGCCCGUCUCUGGAACAAUGUAGACGAUGGUCUCGAUUUCUGGGAGUUCAAGAGCAAGAUCACCAUCGUCGACAGCAUCGCAUGGGGCAACGGCGUCAACCGCUGGGGUUUCAGCGACUUCCAGGGCGACGGCAACGGUUUCAAGCUCGGCGGCGGCGAUGAGGCGGACAAGAAGGCCGCGAACCACCAGAUUACCAACUGCAUUGCUUUCAACAACGCAGCCAAGGGCUUCACAGAUAACAGUCAGCCCGGCAACUUCAUCCUGCAGCGCAACACUGCUUGGAACAACGGCGAUGUUGGCUUCAAGAGCACGACUGCUGUUACGACGUUCACUGACAACAUUGCUGCGAGCAACAUCAAGAGCACGACGAACUCCGCGCAGGUUAGCUUGAACAGUGCGCAGAAGCAGACUGGGAACUCGUGGCAGGGCAGCGCGACGUGGAACAAUGCUGCGUUCAAGAGUGUCGAUAUUACGCUUGUGCAGGGUAAGCGUGAUGCUACAACAGGCAAGAUUGCUGCAAGCAACUUCUUGCUUCCGGCGAGUGGCGCGGCGAUUGGUGCGUCUACUGCAUGGUCGUAGAUACUGAAGACAGGAAUAUAACGCGUGUCGUCC